AGGAGGAGGACCGUCUGGAUCAGAAUCACAGCUCCGAGGAGAGGAGGAGAAGCUCCGGUGAAGUUGAGCCACCGAGUCGGACUGGAGAGCAGAGAGAGACGAGCAGAGCUGGAGCAUUUACCUGCUGUGUCUGUGUCUGUGUUGUUGUUGUUGGAGAGGAUCGGUGCUCAGAGCUGCACGGAAUGAAAUCUGUGUCGAGUUGAGAGGAUUGUAGUUAAACAGUCACUGCUGCUGGCAGAGAAGAGGCAGUUUUUGUUUUUCAAUUGGACCAUUGUGCGUCGGCAGCUGCUCUUUCAAUGUGGGAUACAGUUUUGGUGCUUUCGCCAGGCUGAAAUCCUCCAGGGUCAGGACCUCCCUCAUGGCCGCCGUGCUCCUCGGGCUGCUGCUUUUUGCGAUGCAGUCUCCCCCCGUCCCCUCCAGGCCCGUGGCUGACGAGGGGCCGCCUCCACCUCCCACCUCGUCGCCCGCCGACAACGGGACCACCAGCCACCCAAACGGCACCCUCCAGCAGCUCCCUCAGAUUAUAAUCAUUGGCGUGAGGAAGGGGGGCACGCGGGCGCUGAUAGAGAUGCUCAGUCUGCACAGUGCCGUGGCUGCAGCUCAGAACGAGGUGCACUUCUUCGACUGGGAGACUCACUUUCAGAAGGGCUUGCCUUGGUACCUCAGCCAGAUGCCCUACGCCUUCCCCGACCAGCUGACGGUGGAGAAGACGCCGGCCUACUUCACCUCCAGCAAAGUCCCCAAACGCAUCCAUCAGGUGAACCCUAACAUCAAGCUGCUGCUCAUCCUCAGAGACCCCACAGAGCGGGUGCUGUCGGACUACACCCAGGUCUUUUACAACCGCCUCCAGAAGCACAAGCGCUAUCAGUCCAUCGAGUCCAUCUUGGUGAAGGACGGCGAGAUCAACCUGGGAUACAAGGCUCUCAAUCGCAGCCUGUACUAUGUCCACAUGCAGAACUGGCUGCAGUACUUCCCACUGGAGAGCAUCCACGUGGUGGACGGGGACGAGCUGAUCAGGGACCCGUUCCCCGAGAUGAAAAAGGUGGAGAGGUUCUUAAAGCUGGAACCCCAGAUAAACGCUUCAAAUUUUUACUUCAAUAAAACUAAAGGAUUCUACUGUUUGAGAGACCACGGGCGAGAGCGGUGUUUACAUGACUCAAAAGGCAGGGCUCACCCUCAUGUGGCGCCCGCCAUCUUGCAAAAACUCUACCAGUUCUUCCACGAACCCAACAAGAAGUUCUUUGAGCUGGUGGGCCGAACAUUCGACUGGAAAUGAACGCCCGAGUCUCCAAACUGAUCUCACCGGAAGGCGUAUAAAUAGCACGACAUUACAAGGACAUUCUGCGUGUGAUGAGAACUCAUUUUAGCCUUUUCGUGUGUCAUUUGUACGCCAUGCAACAAAACUAUGGUAACGGCCGCGGUUAGGUUUAGG